AUGUUCAUUAUUAUUUUCUUAACAACAUUAUUGUGCUUCACAAGUGCUGACCUGCUCAAUGAGUUCAGUGGUGAUGUCGAUAUCUACGACAAUGGCCGUAUGGGUCGUGGAAAGAACGCCGGUAUGUGGCAACACUCUUACGACAACGGCGUUGACAUUUUCUAUUACCUUGCCAUGCAACCAUGGAGACACUUUGUAUGGACCCAAAAAGAAGGCAAUGAUUGGGUGACCAAAACUAUGAACGAAGAUAACAAUGUCGAUUUGUCUAAGAAUCCAAAUCUUGAUACCAUUUCAACUCAAGAUUUCUGUCAGAAGGACUACGGCUAUCCAAUUCGUAAGUUCGAAAUUGAUUGGGACAGAGUACCCACUUCUGAAGACGCUUUGGUCCCAGUCAACGUCAAUGGACAAAACUGUUAUCAAUACCCAGCUAAGAGCCCACUUGUUAGCAUUAUUCUGAGCAAGAAGAGAACUUCCGUCUUGAACAACGACUUCACUAUUUGCAGAUUCGACUUCAUUGGGGGAAAGUCAAUCACUUUCAGAAGUUUCAACGGCUACGAUGAUAACUUCAUGCAAGACUAUCAGACUAACACCACCUCAAAGUGCAAGAAGUCUUUCACUGCUAACAACGUCAAGUCCGACAUGGUUAUCGUCUGGGGUAUCUCAGACAAGGCCGUCUUGAAAUCAGCCCAAGACGCUUUCACUGGCCACAUUGACCUCCCAACCAUCACUAAUGAUGUUACCAUUUACUACUUGAAGGGUGAAGCUUAUUCGACUGUCAAAAAGCCACUUUCACAAAUCAAUGGAAAUUUCUUGUCUUCAUUUGAACCAGCUAAAGGAAAGGUCGAUGCUUUGAUCACUGCAGCUAAGAGAGAAUUGGCUCCAAAAGUUGCUUCCGGUGCCACUCAAAGAGGAACUAUUCUUGUUUUGACUGAUGAAGGAACUGGAAAGAGUUUCAAUGCUAACACCGACUUCGAUGUCAACAAUAUUACCGUCCACGUCGUCUCUUUGAACAGAAAGGGAGUUGCUAUGACUGCUGAGUUGACCACUUUGUUGUCUCUUGGUGACCACUUCCAUGAGACCACUGACCCCGCUCAAGUCCCACAAAUGAUCAAAGACGCCUUUGUUGGUAUUAGAGUCAACUUGACUCAAAGAUGUGACAGAAAGACUUGCAAUGGGUUCUGUGAUGCCAAGAACAGAUGCACUUGCCCAAUGUGCUGUGAGAACACUUGCUACUACACUUACUGUGAUACUAAGACUGCUUCAUGCACCCCAUGGCCACCAGCGAAACCAAAGGAAAAGGUCUCUUGCCCAGCUGAUUGUGUCGGUGAUCGUGUCUGCAAGGAUUUGGAAGGUUGUGUGUACUCAAGAUAUAACUCUUCUUGCGAACCACCAGUAGCCUGCAUGGUAGCUACCUGCCCCAAUGGAGGUGUUAACACUAAAUGUGCUUUGGUCGACAACUGCAAGACUGAUGAUCAACCCGCCCCUGAUGGAUACUGCUACACUUAUAAGUGUGAUGCCAAGUCUGGUUAUUGCAUUAAGGACAAGAAGGGUUCUGCAAAAUGCCCAAGCAAGACCUCAAAGUGCCAACAAUACAAAUGCAGUGCCGAUUUGACUUGUAAGGUCGAAGACAAGGUCUGUGUCAAGACUAUUCCUUAUGUAGAAAUGGACUGCUACGUUGCCAGAUGCAAUGAGAAGACUGGGCAAUGCGAGAACAGAUUGAAAUGUGAUACUUACUCUCAAUGCGGUGGAACUGUCACUGAAUCAAAGUGCAGAUGCAAUGCUGAGACUAAUAACGUAUGCAAGUGCGAUCAGAACCCGGGAGGAAACUACUGUGAUGAUAAGACUCAAAUCUGUGAUUACACUGGAGAAACCCCAGUCUGCAAGAACUCAAAUUGCAAGGAGGAUUUGAUCAAUAAAGAUUGUAUGAAGGCCGUCUGUAAUGAAGCUACUGGUGUCGUUGAAUAUCAGUCUAUGGUUUGUAACCAAACUGUUAAAAUUGCUACCGGUUCAGAUGUCUGUAAAGGUAUGUGGGGUUACACUUGUAAAGACAACGCUUGUGUCUUGACUCAAAUCAAGGCCGACAGUGAACUCUUUGUUGAUUGUGGUUAUUGUAAACUUGUCGGUGAUACUGCUACGUAUGUUGAAUCAUGCAGCAGUUCAACAAGCUCAUGCGGUGGUUUCAAGGGUACAUGUAAAAACAGCAAAUGUGUCUACACAUCGACUGGUAAUGCCCAAGAGUUCUGUCAGAAAUGUAUUCCAUUGUCUUGUGGAGCUGAUUCAACCGUCUACUCUUACACUUACAACGAAGAGACUGGUAAGUGCUCAUACACUGUUAAUGCUAUUCCACAGUGCUCUGCUUGUGAUAACACUACUAACAAAUACACACCAAAUUGUGUCAACAAGCAACUUGAUAAGACAUGGACAUCUGGCAAUGGAGUUACAAUUGAUUACAAGAUUCCAAAGGAUUGUAAGAACAAUCAGUGCAUUCCAAGAUACCCACUUUCAUGCACUGAAGAAGAUCUCUUUGGUGAUGUUUUCAAGAAGUUUGGUGUUUGUAUGGAUCAAUUAGUGGUCUCCUAUCACUACUCGAGCAAGAUUGAUAACUACAACUUUGCCUUUGGAUACCCACAGUCCGACGAAUUUAUGGCUGAAGCUGACGCUGAGGCUUAUUGUGAGUGGUCUUUCGUUGAGAGCAAUUGCCAGAAAUGUGUUAUUACACCUGCUGGAGGAGAAGUUGUUAAUGAAUUUACUGUAGUUGAUCAAUGUCCAAAGGAUCAGAAUGGCGUCCAAUUCAUUUGUUUGAACAACGAGUGUUUAGUCGACCCCGACUUCAAGUGUCAGCCAAAGGACUGUAAAGUGAGUGCUCUUGUUGGAGAGCAGUGCACUGAGAUGUAUAACUUGUGUGAUAAUACUACAAAGACUCUUGAAGAGAAUAGAAAGAAGAUCUAUGACAAGACUGACAAAGUCUCACGAUCAAUGAGAUGUGAUUCUGUUGGAUGUGUCAAUGGCAAUAAGUGCCCAGUGUUCACCGAUGAUGUCCAGUGUUCACAAAAAGCAGAAAAUGAAGACUUUGGUUGCAGACGUCCAACAUACAUGUGUGACGGAGACAAUGGAUAUUACUGCAAGUUUGUCGAAUUCGACAUUAAUGAUCCACAUGAAGACACUGCCUACUUCUUGGAGAAGUCCAAGGUCAAAUUAGACAACAAGUGCUUCAGAUACCAAUGCGUUGAGACUUGCACUGGUGGCUCUGAUACUUACGAAGGAAGUGCUGAAGCUGGUGCUGUGAAAUGCACUCACUAUUGGAACAAGACUUAUGAUAACUCCGAGCCAAGUGCCAGAAAUCUCUGUGAAGAUGCUUCAUGUGAUCCAGAGACUGGAGAUGUCGUCUACAAGGAUAAGCAAUGUGUCGUCUCAGAAGAGUUCCCAACUUUGACUUCUAACCAAGCCAGAUGCUUCUACUGCCAAUGCUCUUAUAUCGACGGAAGUGCUUCACUCGUCAUGUUUGCUGAUACUGAAAAGGAACAUUACCAACUUGACGCCUGUGGUAACUGUAUGGUUAUGAAUCAGUCCGAUUUGUCUCAGCAAUUGAACGAUAAGGUCGAGUGCAUUCUUGCCGGUGAAAUCAAUAACUCUGGUGCUAUUGCCGCUGCUACUACGGUUGCUGCUGUCGUUGUCGCUCUUGUCGUGGCUCUAAUCGCAGUCUCUAUCGGUCUUUUCAAGACUUACCAAUUGGUCAGCUCCGCUAUGAAGAACGUUGUCAAUGUCGCAAAUGAAAACGCUCAGUUCAAGGCCGCUGAUAACGAAGCUGCUAACACCAACUUCAAUGAGUAA